CGCAUUUUCCAACGAAAUUUCUCUCACAGGCGAGGUUCUGCCUGUCCCGGAUUGUCGUGUUCGUUCCGACGGAGCAGGCUGCCGGAAGUGGGAUACGAAGAAUACCAACCCCUUUCGGUUGUUCACAUAUCCAGUUUAUUAAUUAUGUACAAAACGGUACGAAAAGGCGACGCCAGUCUGCAGUACACGAUUGUACCGCAAACGGACCAGUUUUCGUCUGAGUUCCCUCAGCAGUCGGAAAAGUCUAGCCCUAGGGUGAUCAAGUACACCAUAGCCACUUUGCUCAUCCUGAUCAUCCUGUCCUGCGUGGCCACCCCGUUUCUCAUAAGUCAGAAUGAUCAGAGCCUGUUCGCGGGCACUGUGCUCGCGAUGGGACGGGUCGGCCACGACACAAUAGAGAGAAACUCGUCGAGGAGUCAGGGGAAAGAGGCCGGCGGCGUGAACAAAAGCAAAAGCAGGCUUCCGAUCGCCGCCGCCACCGCCACCAUCACCACCAUGCUUCCAUCGACGGAAGCCUACAGGAAGCAGGAUGUCGAGGACGAGAUGACUACGGGAGCGUUGAAUGGAGACGAACAAGAGUCGGAGGAGUUCCCUACCACGGAUUCGACGACGAGUAGCACGCAGUAUCAACAAACCAGCACGGAAUCGUCGACGAGUGCUCGACAGACGUCCACCUCCGCGAUAUUCGCGUCCACGAUGUCCCCGUCGUCGACUCUGUCGUCGACCGGUUCGAAGACAUGGAGCACGACAUCAAGCGAGAUGGCCAAGACGUCUUCGAGCGCGUCUUCGAGAAAGAAGAUGCCGAGGGUGACCUUGAAGCUGAGAGAGAACGAGACGAUACCGCAGAUGUACAUGAAGGCGGGGAUAGCGUCGUACAAGAAAGGAAACAUCACGACGAGCGUGCUGGCCCACGGCCUCAGCCUGGAAGGGUUGAUCUUCAAGACGCCGGAGGGUACGAUAAACCCGUGGCCUCAGAAGUGGUUCUUCACCGAUCCCUCGUCCGACUUCCAAUGGAAGGGGUUAAACCAAAUGCCGAUAAGGAUUUACAUAGUCCUGGCCGUGUUCGCGGCCUUGGCAAGCGUCAGCAUCUCCCUUCUACUGUACGUGCAGCGAAAGGCUACGAGACGCCAGCGUCAGAGUGUGGAGGAACCGGAAGUGGAGGGCCACGAGGAAGACAAAUCGACCCUGCUGGGCGCCGAGAGCCAGGAAACCGAAGAGAAAGAGUAAUCGUGAUCUCCAUCACGGGGAGAGAGCCACGUAGAGCUCGUAAGACUCGCAUAUUUUUACAACACGUACAUGCGUCACUUUAGAUUUAGAUAAUCUCGCGUGAAACAUCGGGACGGACGAUCAUGGAGGGAGGGGAGGGGAGGGGGGGGGGAUAUUAAUAUUUUCCGGCUUCGAUCGAUCGAGUGUGGGAGGCUCCGUUUUUUAAAGGAAUUGACGAAGUAAAUUAUUGUUGCCCAACUAUGGAGAAAAACAUCCACGUCUAAUUCUGACAAAUCAACGUAAAUUUUCAGUUCUUUUCUUAAGUUUCUAUGCUUGAAAACUGAAGUUUUUAGAAAUUGGUGAUAAUUCGGAAUAAUUUUGCUAUAAUUAAAAGAUAUUGAAUUUUAUAGUAUAGUUAUUUUUUAUUUGUUUUAUUAUUAGAGUAGAUUAUUUCACGUUACUAUUUUCUUCGAUAUUCCUUUGGGGCAAUAUUCCUUUUAUUUUUACGUUUUGGUUACGUAGUUGUGCAUAGUCGAUCGCGAAAAAUCAAUUUCGAUUAUAGUUUCAGAGACGUGUAUGCUAAACUUAUGAUGUUUUAACGAGGGAUUUUUUGAUACGAACAUUUCUUAUUAAUAUUUGACAGUUUUGAAAGAUAUCGCGUAAUAUUUAAUUAUCACAAGGAUAUUUGAUAGAUCAAAGUAUUAAUAAUUCUUUGCACGUGUUAUUGAUAUUUUGAUUUUUUUAUAUAUAUUUCCAAUAAUCAAUUCCAAGAAUUGCUUUUAAUUUAAUCAUUCCAAAAAAUAAUUGAGAUCUGUUAUUUAUCAGUAUAGACAAGAUUGUCGAAUCUAAUUGUAUUUUCUUUCAGACGUUAUAAUUUAUGUAUCUUAAUAAUUGAUACUCCAUCGGACCAUGACGUGUUAUACACACAUUUUUUUUUAAACAUUACGAUUAAAUCUCUGUCAACAAAGUUUAAGAGAUGAAAUGUAAAAUUUCUUUCUCAAAAAAAAAAAAAAAAGAGAGAUUCCUUUCGAUUAUGAGUAGAUAUUCACUGGCUGUUUAAUAGUUUAAUAGUGGAUUGCACGAGAUUCGUAUUUCUUGAUGUCAAAAAGUUCUAAUGAUUUUUUUAACGUUUUAUAAAAUAUCUUGCAUAUCUCUGCUGAGGAUCAUAGAUUUAUCAAAGAAUUUCGAAACUCUUUGCUACAAACGUAUGUGUGAAGAAAUAAACCUAUACGUAUGAGUAAGUAACAAAGCUACGUACCUCGAUGACUCAUUAAGGAGAUAGUUUCUGAAAAAAAAAAAAAAAAAAAAAAAA